GGUGAACUUUUUCUUCUCUUCAUCUUUUUGGGCAGUAUAUAUAGCCCUCUAGAUGUUUUUUACACCACUAGUCCAAUAAGUAGCAACCGGCAGCUCUCAUAUCAGUGGGAUGAGGAAUCCAUUCCAUACCUUUAUGUGAGGUAUCCAAGGUGGUGAACUAGGUUCUCAAAAUAGUUUCAGCACCAGGAAUAAUCCCAUUAAAAUUCAUACUAAAGCUCUGGGCAGAUUCAUCACUUCACAACCAUAGAAGUCAGCAGUCUCCACUGCUGCCAACUGUGAUGGAUUAUGAGAGUUUCAGUUAGUCUAGAGAUCUACAUAUUGCCUGCUGCAAGAAUGCACCUUAUUUUACUCAAUCAGAGGCAGAGAGAACAAAGAAGUGGAGAUGAAGGUACAAAGUGAAGUAGGCAUAAGGGUGACAAGUAAUAGAAAAAGAAAUAUCGGCUUGGUAAAAGAAAAGUAGACCAUAAUUGUUUGAGAAAGCAUGUGUUCCACUGAGAUCAGCUUCAAAUGUAUAUUCUAAACAUUUAGAGAGUAUUUUUAUAGCACAAUGCUAAACAUAGUAAAGGUAAAGCUUUCCCCUUGACAUUAAGUCUAGUCGUGUCCAACUCUGGGGGGUGGUGCUCAUCUCUAUUUCUAAGCCAAAGAGCCGGCGUUGUCUGUAAAUACCUCCAAGGUCAUGUGGCCAGGAUGACUGCAUGGAGCACUGUUACAUUCCCACCUGAGCGGUACCUAUUGAUCUACUCACAUUUUCCGAACUACUAAGUUGGCAGAAGCUGGGGCUAACAGUGGGAGCUCACCCCGCUUCGCAGAUUUGAACUGCCAACCUUUCGUCAGCAAGUUCAGAAGCUCAGUGGUUUAACCUUCUGCACCACCAGGGACUAUUUGGUCAGUAAUAAGUCACAGUAAAUUUGGUAAGACUUUGUCCCAGGUAAGUAUAACUAGGAUUUUGUGACAAUGUACAAUAUUCAUGGAGAGUACCACUAUAGGUCAUCCCAAUUUUAUAUCCCCUUUCAUUUCAUUCCUUAAUAGAUUCAACAAGCCAUCCAGCUCAAUGCAAUCAGAUAAAACGCCCUGCUUUCUCAGAGAACAACUGCCUGAAAAAGACUUUGAAGAAAACUUUAACAAUACAGUCAAAAUCAGAAAAACCUUAAUCCUGUUUAGUUUUAAAAAACAGAGCAGUAAUCUCUGGGAGAUAUGGGGUUAUGCCUACAAUGAUCCUGGUCACCAACAUGCUGAAAUUUUGGUUUUGAGUAAUAUUGAACAAUUCAUCCCAGAAAAUCAGCUCAAAGGAAAAUAUAAAAUGACAUUCUUUAUGUCACACACGCCUUGCCAUAAAUGCAGUGAUAAGUUAGCUUCUUUCUUAGCAUCAAGAAAAGGGCUGUCCAUGGAAAUAAAAGCUUCAAGGCCAUAUUUUUUAAAUAAAGAACGAAAAGGCCUCUAUCUUCUGAAGAGGAUUGGUGUCCUACUCAAAAUGAUGGACAGACCUGACUUUGAAGAAUGCUUCUAUUUAUUUGUGCACCCAUUAAAAACAUUUACUCCAUGGCCAGAUUUGGAUGAGCAAAGCAAGAAGAAUGCGGAUGAUCUGGCAGCACUUUGGAAGCAAGCAAAGGAUGACAAUUUUACAGAAAAUGAAACGAAGAGAGAAGAAAAGUCCAGAAAGGAAAUGAACACAUGUAUCCAUGACAGCACAAUCGACUCAUUCAUCAUUUCUGAUUUUGCUGCAUCACAACUUGAUGUCGAUGAAGUUUUGGAGAGUCCAUGUAAAAUAGCAGAGAUGGAAAGAAUUCAGCUCGGACCAGAGACUCCUCAAAAGAUGAACUGUUCUGAUAAAGCAACAGAAGCUGUCCAAAGUGUUAAAAGGAAACUUGAAUUCUAGGAGAACUAGAAAGCACAAA